GACACCAUGGAGGGGACGCGGCUGGAGGAGCGCGAGAGCCUGGUGGGGGCUGUGCAUGGAGUGUCCGGGCCCGGUACGGGGCACUGGGGACACUGGGGACACUGGGACACAGCGGCCGCAGCGGGGGUGCAGGUGGGGGACCCGGUGCUGCGCACGGGGAAGCCGCUCUCGGUGGAGCUGGGCCCGGGCAUCCUGGGCUCCAUCUUCGACGGCAUCCAGCGCCCGCUGCGCGACAUCGCCGAGGCCACGCGCAGCAUCUACAUCCCGCGGGGCACCAACGUCCCCGCGCUGCCGCGACACCUCAGCUGGGACUUCGCCCCCAGCAAGAGCAUCCGGGUCGGGAGCCACGUGACGGGCGGGGACAUUUACGGGACGGUGGCGGAGAACUCGCUGCUGCAGCACCGGCUGAUGGUCCCGCCCCGCAGCCGCGGCACCGUCACCUACAUCGCGCCCCCCGGGCACUACGGCGCGGCGCAGGGAGAGAUGGAUUUGGGGACAGCGAUGGGGACAGGCACAGGGUGGCGCCGGGGUCCCGCCACCCCCGUGCCGUGUCCCCGUGUCCCCAGGUGUGUCCCGGGUGGCACCACGGCCAUCCCGGGCGCGUUCGGCUGCGGGAAGACGGUGAUUUCCCAGUCGCUGUCCAAGUACUCCAACAGCGACGUCAUCGUCUACGUGGGCUGCGGCGAGCGCGGCAACGAGAUGUCCGAGGUGCUGCGGGACUUCCCCGAGCUGACCAUGGAGGUCGGUGGCCGCUCCGAGUCCAUCAUGAAGCGCACGACGCUCGUGGCCAACACGUCCAACAUGCCGGUGGCCGCCCGGGAGGCCUCCAUCUACACCGGGAUCACGCUCUCCGAGUAUUUUCGGGACAUGGGCUUGCACAGCUGCCUCCUGGCCGACUCCACGUCCCGCUGGGCGGAGGCGCUGCGCGAGAUCUCGGGGCGCCUGGCAGAGAUGCCCGCGGGUGAGACCCCAAAAUUCUGGGGUUUGGGGGGGGCCGUGGGGUCCCGGAGGGUGACAGGGGGUGACAGGGGGGGAUAUGGGGUCUGGGAUGUGGAUUUGGGGUCUGGGACCCUGCAGGAGGAGGAGUUUGCCAAGGUCGUGCAGCUCGUGGGGAAGGCGUCGCUGGCCGAGGGUGACAAGGUGACGCUGGAAGUGGCCAAACUGCUCAAGGACGAUUUCCUGCAGCAGAACGGAUACUCGGCCUAUGACCGGUACCGGGACCCCGGGACCCCCACCCGGGGGGGGGGGGGGGGGGGCCCUGCCUGUGAGCGGUACCGGGACCCCGGGACCCCCGGGACCCCCGACCCUGACCCAAAUCCCGACCCUAACCCUGCCUGUGACCGGUACCGGGACCCCCAAACCUGA